AUGAUUGGUUGUGGUAAAACUGACCAAAAGAUGAACAACACCCCGCUUCCGCCUCCUCUUCAGGUAGCUCCUCCGUGCGAGCUGCUCAACUGUUCCCGGCCUGGCGCUCUCCAAUACAACUACCGCUACGUCUGCAGAGCCCACUUCGAUGAGCUGAGUUGUCCGUACAGCACCGCCAACGGUUUCUUCUCCACGCGGCCGCGAACGUCACCGCCAAGUCCACAGAAAGUCAAGCAAGGGGCGCGCGCCCAUGGCCAAGAGUUCUACUGCAAGCGCCACAAGACGCACGUCAUGGAGCUGACCGCGCACGUGGUGGGCCAAGCUCUGCCGGUUCGAGAACGCGUCAACGUCCAUGGGAACUUGGUGCGUUUGUGCCAGGUCGGGCUCUGUAAGAAGAAAGGUCGAACAACGGUGGACGAGAAGUUUGUAUGCAAGGACCACGCGCGGCUACUAAGGGAGAAGGACCAGUUCGUGGACCAGAGCCAAGCUGCAUUCCUGGUUCGAAGGGACUACAUCAGAGGAAAGUGUGCAAGCCACUUAGCGAUGCCAGUAUGCAACUACGUAGGGUGCGACCGAGACAAAGUGACGGCAAAGUACCGAGGCUUCUUCUGCGCCGGCCAUUUGCCGGUGAUCGACGACCUGCGGGGUAAGAUAAUGGCCGCCAAGAGCGACGGAGAUUUCGAGGUACAGAUCCCGCUGAGGUACAACGAAAUCUUCCUGCGCAAGUUCCUGGACAAGGGCCAUGUGCACUUCUACAACUCACUUGUGGCCAAGCAUGGAUAUGUCGCACCCGUGUUGCGGGAGGACAGAAGACCGCUGAAAGAUUGCUUAACUAGGCAAAACACAUACAAAUUCACCAUCGGCGCAUCUAUCGAUGUACGCGCCGCCAGCCUGGACGCCGCUCCCCUUCUGCUCGAUGUUCAACUGCCCGUACGCAGGCGAGUUCCUCUUCAACGGGCGCAACGUGUGCGGCGCGCACCUGCAGCAGCUCUCGCAACCUCCAGCACCGCCAGCUCCACCCCUCCCACCGCCGGAAAGCCGCCCACAACUUCAGGCGGAGAAGAGCGACACGUGCGCCUUCCGUGGCUGCAAGAAGAGCGGCCUGCUCCCGCCGCGCACGAGGGUCAACAACGGCGGACGCGUCGUGCAGCUCUGUCAAAUCGGCCACUGCACGAGGAACGGCAACAGCUGUCGGGCGGCCUCAAAGUGUGCAAAGACCACUCGCUGCUGCUGCUCCACAAGGAGCGAUUCGUGGACAAACGCAACGCUCAGGACUACGCGCUGCACUCCGCGGCGAGUCAGACGCGGGUCUGCAGCUAUGUGGGCUGCUCCAGCACGAGCGUGGCGCAGAAAUACCACGGCGUCUUCUGCGCGCAGCACCUGCCGGUCAUCGGCGACAUCCGCAACCGCAUCAUGAUGGCCAAGUGCCACGGAGACGAAGCGAUCCAGAUCCCAUUGCGGUACAACGAGAUUUUCCUCCGGAAGUUCCUGGAUGAGGGACACGUUGUGUACUAUAAUGAGCUGGUCGCUAGGCACGGAUUCGUGUCACCCACAGUUCACGUGGGAAGUCGAGGGUUGCAGGGAAUCUCACACGGCCCGCACAUCCGGUGA